ACACGCACUCAGACGACAGUCAGUGCGCACACCGAUACGUAUCGCGUCCGGCUGGUUCGAAUACGCGCGCGCACGCACGCACUGCCCAUAUAUCGUUAUUGUGUGAUAUAAUAUUAUAAUAAAUCGUAAUUAGAAUAUUUUGUCCCUCUCACAGGGCUUGUCGACCUAGAGAAUUUUUCGCGUUCAGUGUCUCGUUUAUUUAGUCUUUUUGGUCACGUGCCCACGCGGGUUAGAGAUUCGAAUUUCAAACGUGCCCGUCGCAGUAUAUAGUUUUCCAAAUGUCACUUGCGUACAGAUAACUUAACACGAUAAUAUUUUAAAUUUACCCGUUGUCGAAAAGUUCAACCGGUUCUUAUCGAUUUUCCACCCCUCAGAUGAGUCGGCGGUCGGUCGGCUGUGCGAAAUAAUAUUAUCGACUGUCUGUAGCUAUCGUUAAUUACCUACGACCAUCCGUGUUGCCGUUGUUUCCAUUACCCGUUCGGUGCAUUUACCUGUCGACGUUUUGGAUAAUACCACAACUGCACUCGGUGCGCGGGACGAGCUAUAAACCCCGUCGAAGAAACGCAUCCGUGGUUAUAUGGAGGAAUUGCAGAGACGACUCCCGGUCGGUUAGGUUAGGAGGCAUGACCGGAUCGUUGCGUCUGAGCGCUCUGCUGUUGCUGUUGCUGUCCCGCUGGGCGUCCGCGGACCUCGAGAAGGGCGAGGACGAGUUCGUCCGCAGCUGGGUCAUCAUCGAGGAACAGCUGGUGCCGCCGUCUAGGGACGAACUGCUGGCCACCGGCGGCGUGGGCACCACUGGCGGUGGCGUCAGUGGUGGUGGCGUGGCUGGUCGGCGGAUCACGCCUAAGUCGGUGUUCGUCGCGCCGUCGUUCAACAAGUGUUCGGACGGUUAUCGGCCCGACAGCAUGGGACGAUGCGUCAAGGUGGUCAAGAUCAACCAGGCGGCCCAGUGGGACUUUUUGAUCAAGCAGCUGAAUUCUAUGUACGGCGCCGGCGCAAACGGCGGAGGAUUCCCGAUGUUGCCGGGCGCCUCUGCAUAUCAGCCGGCCACAACCACGACUACAGAACCGCCAUCUCAGAAGACCGACAGCCCUGGACCGUUUCAAUUGAACAUACCGUUGGGUGGCGUCGGUGUCAGUGACGUGGACAACCAAACGAUGGACCCUGUCGAUGAACUUACUACCGGCACUACCAUUACGGCGGCCGUGCCCACCACAACCAAUCCAACUACUACUACUACUACUACUACUACUACUUCUACUACCGUCGCCUCCACGACCGUCGAGGAUGACAACGACGUCGCCACCACCGACCAUCUCGUCACGACCACGGUUGACGGCGACCCCGACGACCGCACUGCCGCGACUGUUACUGCGACCGCUGUAACGACAGAUACGGUGGAUACCGCCAGACCGCGACCUUACCGUAACCGUUACCAGACGACGCAUGCUGAGGACGCCAUCACUGUCACUCCGCAUUCUUACGACUCGACUACCACUGUGACGUACGCUAAAACAAAGUACGCAGAUAGCAGUACAACGACCAUCGCCGGGACGGAAGACCCACCUCAACAAACCUUCAAGACGACUGCCAGUGCGUCGCUCUCAUCUUCGUAUUCGUCACCCGUAGUUACCACUACAGCGGUUGACGUGACGGAGACUGACAAUCCGGUGACGGCCGUGACUCCGCCUGAAACCGAAGAAGAGGACGUAGUAACCGUACUAGCUGUGGCUGCCGCCGCAGUUGACGGUGACAGCGGUAGUAGUAGACCGGUUAGUACCACGCGGUUGCCGUACACAACGGGUGGAAGGACUCAAUCAUCGGUCACAGACACAGUUACGCCCGAAUACUACGAUGAUCAACCGGAAGACCCAACGUCCUCGCCGGAACCGGAUUGUUCGGCUCCGAAUGCUUAUCGGUAUUACGCGGCAUGCGCGGGUUUCCGGCAGCAGCAGCAGUUUGAACAGCUCCAACAGCAGCAGCAGCUGCUCCAGCAACACCAGCAGCAGCAACAGCUGUAUCAGCAACAGCAGCAGCAGUUCUAUCAACAGCAACAGCACAAUCACAUGGCCACCGAGUUGGUCAAGCGCCCGUCCGUCGGCGGGGGCGUACAAGUGCGGUUCCCAGGAGACGAAGACCCAGUGUCGGCGACGGUGGCUGACAGCGCGAACCUGAUCAGGUUCCCCGGACCAGCCCCAUAUAGGACCACCAACAAGAUGUACGAGAGCAGCAGGCAUCCCACGUGGUGGCCGACGGGAUGGCCGGAUCAACAGCAACAACAACAACAGCAGUACCCCGACGACUCGGUGCAGCAGCAGCACCGGCUACAGCAUCACCUGCCCCAGCAGAAACAGGACGUCCGGCUCUGGGAAUUUGGGUCCAGACUUCCGAAAACUACGUCGACCACGACGAUUGUCCCAGCACCCCCAACACAGUGGUACCACAGGUUUUUCUGAACGCGGCUGCGCCUUUCCGACCAUCAUAAAUUCAUAAUACUUACUCGUAUUAUUAUAUUUUCAUUUUACGCUAAAUAUUUUAUAAUUAUUCACACCCCACGCCGUUCAAUUGAUAUAUUAUUUUUAUCCUUUUAAAAAAGUUUUUACUCAGUAUUUUGGCACUAGUUUAUUCAUUAGUUAGUACUUAUUAUUAUUAUUAUUAUUAUUAUUAUUAUUAGUAUUGUAUUUUUGUUGCCAUAUUAACGUCCGUAGAAUAAUAUCAUUAUUAUAAUAUUAUACUCGUGUUUUAUAUUUUAUUUCAAUCACAUGCGUUUUGUUUACAGUUUCAGCUUCAACUGCGUAAAUAAUUUAUAGCCGUAUUAGUAGCAAGUAUAGCGUAUAAAAAUCCUAUAUAUAUAUAUAUAUAUACGUAUAUGCCUAUGUAUUUUACAUGGCAUAUACACAUAUUUAUAUCGAUAUUGCGAUUUACGAGUAACAGAAAAAAAAUAGCCACACAUUAAUAUUAUAAUAUAUCACAUUGCUAGAUAUUUUAACGUUUUGUCGUAAAGACCAAUAACAUAUUAACCGUACUAUGAUUAUUGUUUACUUAUUGUUUGUUUGUUUUUUUUUUAUAUUUAUAUUAUAUAUAUAUUAUAUUAUAAUAUAAUGAUUUUAUGUAAAUAAUCUUUAAGCGUGUUCCUAUUAUAAGAUCACGGCCUCUAGUUGUGCGAAUAGCUGCUGCCGCUCGAUGUAUUAGUAUGUAAAUAAUCAGUAUCGCAAAAAUGUACAGUACGCAAAUGCAAUGCAGUGUAAUAUAAUACGUAUAUACAAUUCAUAUUACUAUUACCAUAUAUAAUAAUUUAAUAAUAUUACUUUAAUAUCGAUGUAUGAACCACGCGCUAUGGGCAUAGUACAAUCAUUAACGUCAGUCAUGAUAAUUCCGCCUACGCAUUGUGUUUUUAUAUUAUAUUAUACAUUCAAAUCGAAUGAACUAUAUUAUUAUAAUAAUUAUUGCUGUAUCAAUUAAUAUAUUAUACGAAACACAAACUUUAUUCUAUAGCGUUUUAAAAAUCAAGUGACCUGCACUUCUGCCGUGAGCUCAGUGUUAUUAUUAUUAUUAUUAUACAUAAUUAUAAUAUUUUUAAAUUAUAUACUUACUUGAAAUAUUUUUUAAUUGAUUUUUCGUUUUUACUCACGUUUAUACUACUUUUAUAAAAAAAAAAUUUCGAAAUUAUAACUUAUGUUUCAAUAGUUUUGAAAAAAACAUAUGCUUAUAUUGGAUUUAUAUUUUAUUACUGUUUACUAAUAAUAAUAAUAUGAUAUCGAGAAAAAUAAUACUAUUAUAUUAUAUCGUCUCGUUAUUGUAUGUAUUUUUACGUUUGAAUUUAUAGAAGAAUAACAAUAAAAUGUUUGUGUUUAUAUUACGAAUAA